UAACCAAGGUCUAGGUAUUAGGGAUGGCGUACGUUUAUGCAAGUGCGAGUUUUUUGCUGCUCACUGCUGCGACCGCUGUUCGCCAAGAAACGCCAGAGAACGUGUACUACGAUGUAACGACGGGUACAUGCAAUAAUGGCAAGUAUCUCCUUGACAACCUGUCUGGAACCUUCGCUGCCGCUCGUGAAAACACCUACUACCAGGACAACGAGGAUUGUUACUGGUACAUAGUAGUACCAGACGGUUACACCAUCAAGGUGACGUUUACUACAGUCUUGACUUUAGCUGCUGGCGAUUAUCUCCAUGUCUAUGAGAGCAAUGGCACCAGCAAGCUGAGGGGGACGUUAAAAAACAGCCACUGGGGCAGACCGGUUAAUCCGAUCAACUCGGCUGGACGCUUUUUGACCUUCCACUUCACAUCAGAUGGUCAUGAACGCUAUUACGGAUUCCGAGCUAAGUACGAGGCUGUCGAUAUUGACGAAUGCAGGACCAAUGGCGGAGGCUGUGAAUAUAAAUGUGUGAACACAGCUGGAAGCUUCAGAUGCGAGUGCAUGGCCGGGUUCCAAGUGGCCCAAAAGUCAUGUAUAGUUACAGAUCCCCCUACAGUUGUGACGGGUGAAGUAGCCGUGGUGUACGGACGUGAUGCAUUAGACGUGGAAUUAACUGACAUGACACAGGGCACUGUUUUAGGUUAUAGUGGCCUGCGGAAAGCUCAGGAAAUCCGUAUAAACGUGACCCUAGCGUCCCGUCCUGCCCUCCCGCCCGGGCAUGCCUACAUACCGUCUGUAGCUGUUGGGAUUGUUGAUGCCGGUGCGACUUUUUCUAUUAUGAGAGGACACACAGAACAGCUAAAAGCAAAUAUAAGUUGUCGGAUCCAGCCAAGUCCGGACAACCCUAUGCAAUAUUUGAACUGCUAUGGUUCUACUUAUGUCAUCUGGGAGUUUAUGGAGGGAGAUGUGGUUAGUCUGACAGUUUUUGCAAGAAACGGCGGUUACGUUGAUAUACAACCCCCUGCGGCCCAUAGCGGCCCUCUGUCUUCAGCUGACCGCCGUUACUUCCAGGGCCAGACAGUGAGAAGACACGUGGAAGUGACUUUUGACUUUAUGAAGCCGUUUCACUGCUCCAUUAGCUACAACUGUCAAGACAAAAUGUUGGACGUUGGAAACCCAAUUAUUAAAACGGCAAAUUUCAGUAUUAGUUGGUCCGGUUGGGCGGAUUCUACCUCCGGUAUAUCUAACUAUACCUACAUGAUCUUCCCGCUGAAGACCGGUUCUGAUGGGUUUCUCACCGAAGAGCUUAGAAGCAAUGGUUCAGAUAUCAAGGCAGUAGUCUACCCUAGUGAUAAGUUACCUGUAGACGUUAAGCUGAGCCAUUACGGAUUGUACUCCGUUGUAUUAAAGGUACAAGACAAGGCGGGUCACAGCACGUUGGCUAGGCGAUGUAUUCUGUAUUAUGACGUCAAUAAGCACAAACCAGAACUAGUAGCAGGUGCCCGUGUCAAGAUAGUCAGGAGUUCUGGGGGAUGGUCCAAUGGAGCUGGUAGCGAAGUGACUGUAGAUUUCCAUAAUGUGUUUGUGAAUCGUUUUCUCAAGGACAACGGUUACCUGGGUGACAUUAGUAGUUUCUCACCUGCCAUAGAGCCGGGGUAUGACUGCAAGUCAAUUUCAGGCGUACUGAACACUAAUGGGAUUGUCAAGUUUCUAGUUGCUGUUGGAAUGUACAACUCUGAGGCAGUUGCCAAAUUAUCACAACCAACAAGUUGGCAGGUAGUCGCUGAUCCGAGCAAGCAACAGUACAGACUUCAUGUCCCUAAGACAGCUAAGGUCAUCAGAGCCUGGGUCAAGGCCGUUGACCUCAUGGGAAGUGAAGUAAUAGACAGAGUUACAGUAAAAGUUUAUAAUUCCACUCCAACCAUCAGCCGUCAGAUCGUAUUCAACGGAAGAAUACACGUCGAAGCCCAGGAGUCAGUAAGUGGCAUCCAUUACAUCGAGUGGACACUUUAUAUCCUCAGCACGGGGUCCGCAGUGUACGGCCGUAACUACUCGAAUUCAGAUGGAACGUGCGCAUCCCCGGAGUGCACGUGCCGCGUGGAAGGCGGUAAAUGCAAGUUUGCAACCCUGUUCCUCUCCCCAGGUGGAGCCACGUUACCGGAUGUUACUCUGAGGUCAGAGGUCACCGUCGUCAGCAAUGCUGGGGACGCGAUAAAGUCGCAAACAAUGGUGAGAAAUUCUGAUUUGAAGUUGAAGACCAACUCGGGAGUCCUAGUUAUUGGGCGUUAGAGGCAUCCAGCCGUACAUAGAAUAGUCAUCACCAGCCACCACGUUAUACGCUUACUGUGAAAACUUCGAUAGACAUUGCAAAAGACAAAACCUCCGUCUCCAUGAUGAAGGGACUGGCUGAAGAAAUACCAGUACACGUUUUUACAUGUAUAUUAUUAGAUUUUCAUGCAUCAUGCUUUUAAUUAACAAAACGCCUUUAAAUAAUUUGAUGUUUAAAACAAAUACAAAUAUCUAAUAUAAUUUUAAAAGGAAAGGACAUUGAUUAUAUGGUAUUGUUAUAUAUAAGUUAUCGCUAUUAAAGUUACAAUACUAGUGACCUGCAUUAACUAUAUGAGGGUUGCAUCUUUUUGUAGUUUAUUUGAUUCUCGUAUGUAUUGAAUGUUAAAUAUUAGAGUGAGAUCAUAAAUUAUUUGUUUUGUAUGGUUGCAUCGAUUAUUAAGAUGAUUUAAGUGAGCAUGAUUACAUGAAACUUUGUUUAAAAAUAACCAAAGAUUUAAAAUUUAAGUAACAUUUUUAACCUUAUAUCAUCAUAAUUUUACAAAGAAUUAGUAGGUGUUAUUGGAUGAAAGGAUUAAGUAAAAUUUGUCCUGUGUUAUGAUAUGUUUUAACAGUUAAAUGUUUAUUAUGUGCAUAGCUAGCUGUCCUUUAUAUUUAAUAUGAAAUACGCUUUUUCUUACAUUCUACCUCUACAAAACUUAAGAAAAGAAACAUUUAUUAUGAACCUCAAUUUUGCUAUGUAAACCACCAAGUAUAUUUUAAAACAUGCAGAAUAAAGGAGGUCCUCUAUUUUACCUGUAGCAGAAUUCUGCGUUCUCCUUUAUAGCUCUACAAUCUUUGCAACCAUUAGGCCUAUUCAGGGCGCAGUGAGGCUUUCGGUAGAGACUAACAAGAAGAGUAGUAGUUAUUUUAGGGAACAGCAUGGGCGUAGCCUGGAUAACAUUUGUCAUUUCAUGAUGAUAAUAAAGGAAGCGGCUUGCUGGUGGAUUGAUUGUCGUCUCAGGAGCGGGGUGGGCGGGGCGUGACGUAAUUGACAGCCCGAAGGGGGCACCUUUCGGUACCUUUGAUUUUUACACCCUAUAUGAUAAAGUGACGCUGAUAUGACUGCCCAGACCUCUGCCAGAUGACUUGACAAGAGUUGGACUUACACCAAAUACCACACUGGCUAGGAGAGUUUCUACACUGUAUAGCCAAAAAGGGAGGAAAACAUAACGGCAGCCAUGGGAUCCAACCCUAAGACACCGUGGUGGAAAAGGCUUCACGACUUCAAGGUAUCCCUGGAUUAUGGAUUUGCUUUCGAGCAGCCACUGACAGAACUUCCAAACUACUUUCACAUUUGGAAUGAUAUAGGAAAAAACGCCUGGUCCCUGAUGCAGG